AUGGAUCCCUCUUUAUUCUUUUUCCUUCUAUCUUUCCUUAUUUCUUUCUUUAUUUCUUUUUUUCUUUAUUUCCUUCUAUCUUUCUUUCUUUCCUUCUAUCUUUCUUUCUUUCUUUCUUUCCUUCUUUCUUUCUUUCUUUCUAUCUUUCUUUCCUUAUUUCUUUCCUUCUUUCUUUCUUUCUUUCCUUCUUUCCUUCUUUCUUUCCUUCUUUCUUUCCUUCUUUCUUUCAGUCUUUCUUUCUUUCUUUCUUUCUUUAUUUAUUUCUUUAUUUCUUUCUUUCUUUUCUUCUAUCUUUCAGUCUUUCCUUCUUUCUAUCUUCCUUUCUUUAUUUAUUUCUUUAUUUCUUUCUUUCUUUUCUUCUAUCUUUCAGUCUUUCCUUCUUUCUAUCUUUCUUUCUUUCUUUCUUUCUUUCUAUCUUUCUUUCUUUCUUUCUUUCUAUCUUUCUUUCCUUCUAUCUUUCCUUAUUUCUUUCUUUCUAUCUUUCUUUCCUUCUUUCUUUCUUUCUUUCCUUCUUUCUUUCCUUCUUUCUUUCUUUCUUUCUUUCUUUCUAUCUUUCCUUAUUUCUUUAUUUCUUUCUAUCUUUCUUUCCUUUCUUCUUUCUUUCUAUCUUUCUUUCUUUCUUUCUUUCCUUAUUUCUUUCUUUCAGUCUUUCUUUCUUUUUUCUUUCUUUCUUUCUUUCUUUCCUUCUGUCUUUCCUUAUUUCUUUCUUUAUUUCUUUCUUUUCUUCUAUCAUUCAGUCUUUCCUUCUUUCUAUCUUUCUUUCCUUCUUUCUUUCUUUCCUUCUAUCUUUCCUUAUUUCUUUCUUUCUUUCUUUCCUUCUAUCCUUCUUUCCUUCUAUCUUUCCUUAUUUCUUUCUUUUCUUAUUUCUUUCUUUCUUUCAGUCUUUCUUUCUUUCUUUCUUUCAGUCUUUCUUUCUUUCUUUCAGUCUUUCUUUCUUUCUAUCUUUCUUUCUUUCUUUCUUUCUUUUUUGCUUACAGUUCUUUCAAUUUCUUUCAUUACAUUCGCGUUACUUCUUAA